AGCACAGAGGACAGUUGUCUCUCAUUCAUCCUAACAGCAGAUAGUGCUCGCUGCUCCGCGUGUCCGGCACGAGAACACCAGGGCAGCUCGACCCCAUGACUUUGGUUUGGCCUACAGUGAGUAGGAGCAACCCAGGUGGAUCAAGAUUUGAAGAAAGAAACCAGAACUAGUGGUGAGCUAGUCACACCGCCCUCAGCUCUACGCAGUAUCUCCCCCCCCCCCCACCUCCCUCUUCCUCAGCCUAUCCCCGCUGUCUUCUUGUGGGACAACACGCCGCCAUGUCUCUCUUGGCCGCUCCCGCCCCCUUCCUCUUCCUCAUCCUCCUCUUCCUCCUCCCACUGCCUCCCUGCCAGUCGGAGUCCCAGCGCAGUGACCCCAGCAGCUUCCCCAGCAGUGACCCCGAGGCCCGCUCGGCCUCCCCCUCCAUGUUCCCCUCCUUCUUCCCGCCCUCCAUGCCUUACGGCAACAGCACCACGCCUGCCAAAAAGGAGAAGUGUGGGGAGGUGUCCAUGUGCCGGCCCGGCAUCCUGCUGCCCGUCUGGCAGCCCAACCGGCCGGCGGUGGGCGAGCAGGUGGCCCGGGCGGUGAUCUACUUCGCCUCGCUCAUGUACAUGUUCCUGGGGGUCUCCAUCAUCGCAGACCGCUUCAUGGCCUCCAUCGAGGUCAUCACCUCCCAGGAGAAGCAGGUGACCAUCACUCUGCCUAACGGGGAAACAUCCGUGGCCACGGUUCGAAUCUGGAACGAAACCGUGUCCAAUCUGACGCUCAUGGCUCUCGGCUCCAGUGCUCCAGAGAUACUGCUGUCUGUUAUAGAGGUGUGUGGUCACGGCUUCAAGGCUGGUGAGUUGGGACCAGCAACUAUCGUUGGCAGCGCCGCCUUCAACAUGUUUGUGAUCUUGGGGAUCUGUGUGUGGACGAUCCCUGAGGGUGAGACCCGAAAGAUCAAACACCUCCGGGUGUUCUUCAUCACCUCCUUCUGGAGCAUCUUCGCCUACAUCUGGCUCUACCUCAUCCUGGCCGUCAUCACGCCCGGCGUCGUGGAGGUGUGGGAGGCCCUGGUGACCCUGCUGUACUUCCCGGUGUGUGUCAUCCUGGCGUGGAUCGCAGACCGCCGCCUGCUCUUCUACAAAUACAUGGGCAAGCGUUACCGUGCCGACAAGCGUCACGGCAUCGUCGUGGAAACAGAGGGAGACUUGACGCCCAACAAGGUGGGCAUGGAGAUGAUCAUAGAUGGCAAGCUGACACAUCGAGGUGGGGCCGUGGUCCCUGCAGAGAACUGUGGGGGUGUAGCUCAGGACGGAGCAGCAGGCGUCAAUAACGUUGGUGGGGGGGGCAACCUGCCCAACUCCAACAGCACCAUGGUGAAUGUGGAGAGCAACAAGGAGCUGGACGAGAGCCGCAAAGAGGUGAUUCGUAUCAUAAAGGAGCUGAAGCAGAAGUAUCCGGACAAAGAGCUGGACCAGCUGGUGGAGCUGGCCAACUACUACGCCCUGCUGCACCAGCAGAAGAGCAGAGCCUUCUACCGCAUACAGGCGACUCGUAUGAUGAUCGGAGCGGGGAACGUCCUGAAGAGGCACGCAGCCGACAACGCUCGCCGCACAGCGGUCACCGACGAGGAGGCGCCAGAGGAAGAAGACAACGUGGGGAUCUGCAGCCGCAUCUCCUUCGAGAGCGCCCACAGUCAGUGCAUGGAGAACUGCGGGGUCCUGACCCUGGCUGUGGUCUGCCUAGGCGGUCUGGGAGAGAAUACCUUCUAUGUAGACUACAAGACAGAGGACGGUUCAGCCAACGCUGGCUCGGAUUACGAAUACAACGAGGGAACUCUGGUGUUCAAACCUGGAGAGACGCGCAGAGAGAUCAAGGUCGGUAUAAUCGAUGACGACAUAUUCGAAGAGGACGAGCACUUCUUUGUGCGCCUGCUGAAUCUGCGAGUUGGCGACGCAGAAGGCAUGUUCGAGAGCGACGAGGUGGGAGCCGCCCCCAAAGGUCGAUUGCUUGAGCCCCUGGUUGCCACGGUGACCAUCCUGGACGACGACCACGCCGGCAUCUUCACAUUUAGCGAUCGCAUGGUGCGGGUGAGCGAGAGCGUGGGCACCAUGGAGGUGACGGUGGUGCGCAACUCAGGGGCCCGCGGCACCGUCAUCCUGCCCUACAGCACCGAGUCCGGGACCGCCAAGGAGGGGGAGGACUACGAGGAGGCCAGAGGGGAGCUGGAGUUCAACAACGACCAGACCACUCAGACGUUCCAGGUGAGGAUCAUUGAUGAUGAAGAAUAUGAAAAACAUGAGAACUUCUUCAUAGUUCUGGAGGAGCCGCGCUGGCUGAAGAGAGGGAUCUCAGCGCUGCUGCUCAGCCAAGAGGGGGCGGAGGGGCAGAUGAGCCCUGAGGAGGAGGAGGCCCGGAGGAUAGCAGAGAUGGGGAAGCCCAUCCUGGGAGAGCACAGCCGCCUGGAGGUGGUCAUCGAGGAGUCCUACGAGUUCAAGAGCACCGUGGACAAGCUCAUUAAGAAGACCAACCUGGCGCUGGUGAUCGGCACACACUCCUGGAGGGAGCAGUUUGUGGAGGCGGUCACUGUCAGCGCAGGUGAUGGCGACGAUGACGAAGAGGGUAGUGAAGAGCGUCUUCCAUCUUGUUACGACUACUUCAUGCAUUUCGUCACCGUCUUCUGGAAGGUUUUGUUCGCCUGCGUCCCGCCCACAGAGUACUGGAACGGCUGGGCCUGCUUCUUGUUCUCCAUCAGCACCAUCGGCCUCCUCACCGCCUUCAUCGGGGAUCUGGCGUCACACUUCGGCUGCACCGUGGGGCUGCGGGACACCGUGACCGCCGUGGUGUUCGUGGCGCUGGGAACCUCUAUUCCAGACACCUUUGCCAGCAAAGUGGCCGCCAUGCAGGACCAGCAUGCUGAUGCGUCUGUUGGUAACGUCACCGGUAGCAACGCUGUCAACGUGUUCCUGGGGAUCGGCGUGGCGUGGACGGUGGCCGCCGUCUACUGGAAAGUCAAAGGGAAGGAGUUCAGGGUGGACCCAGGGUCGCUGGCCUUCUCCGUCACUCUCUUCACCAUCUUCGCUUUCAUCUGCAUGGGCGUGCUCCUGUUCAGACGCCGGCCCUCUAUCGGGGGGGAGCUCGGGGGGCCAAGGAGGGCCCGCAUCGCCACCAGCCUGCUGUUCCUGGGCUUGUGGUUCCUCUACAUCCUCUUCUCCAGCCUGGAGGCCUACUGCCACAUCAGCGGCUUUUAAAAAGAAGAUGGAAAAUGUUCUGAAAGAAUAUUGCACAGCAACACAAACAUAUACUUUAACACUCAGUCCAUACAGUACACAGUUCUACAUGAAACAAGUGUGAGAUGUUUGGAAGUGUUCCGGCUUUUAAUGCAGGGAUACUAAAACACUUCAGAUACAUAUUCACACACACACACACACACACUAUGUACGCAUGUGUAAACAGAUCAUAACAAACACACACAGGCAGUUACAGGCAUGAUAAAGGGCGAGAGGAAGUGUUAGUGAAGUGUUAAGGUUAGUGAACACAAGAGGUUACUGCAACAAAGUAAGCAGAGCGCAGACUGAGAGAGAAAGAGUGAAUGUGAAGUUGAGAUUUUCGAGGUGAGAAAGGUCAGAUGAGCCUCUGGAGUGCUGUCUCAUUCUUUUCUACAGCCGGGGGGGUGGGUUGCCCUGUAGGAUCAGACCGCUGAUAGAGAAGAAACCUGUGCACAUCAGACUAAAUGUAUCCAUCAGUUGCAUUGAAGGAACAACACUUUAGUUUCCUCAACAAAAAAACCUGCUCCCCCCCCCAUCUUUACUGGUACAGUCAACUGAGGAGGUGAAACGCUGUCUGAAAAGGAGUGGAAUGUUUACAAUAACAAUAGCAUUAAGUAUGUUUACCACUGGAGGUUCUUAUAAAGUGGUGAUGCUGAUCUAAUACACUGUACAGAAGAACGCGGUUCUCCACACGCGCUGUAAAUAAUGAAACCAGUGUGCUGUACAUAUAGAGUGUUGUGUUUUCAGUAGGCAGAUGAUGCCUACCAUUGACCAAGUUAGACAGGGAGGAAAUAUGUAGCUACUGUUCUGUACAAUUAGUCAUAUUACAGAGAAAAGAAAAGAAAACACCACCAUCAGGUCUCUGCUUCCACCUUUUUUAUAUCCAUGCAGAAGAAACACCACAGAUCCCCAACAUUAUAAUGGUGAACAUUUUUGGAAUCAUAAUAUUAGGCAGUAAAAGUGUUAGCUGCCCAAACAGAUGAAUGCCACACUGGUGAAAUAAAACAGCCAUAUCCCCUACAUACUGCGUUCAAGUCAGAUGUGUCUCUCAGAUGUUUGUACACCAAACCAACAGAUUUGGCAUGUAUAGCCAGAUACAGACACACAAAUAGUCAAGCAGAAAUACUAUGUAAAAGGAAACGAUCAGAAUACACCUGUAAAUGACAUCCCUGAUGUUAAAUCAGACAUAUAAUGCUCACUUUCAGGUUUAUACUGGCCUUUUAGGUUUCUAUCUGAAUUUUGAGUUUUUAAUGAUAUGUCCACUUUACCUGUAUAAAGCUGAGUGUGCAGGCACACAGGAGGGAGGAGAGGCGUUUGUUCUGAGGGAAACAAAAAGGGCAUUUUGUUCUCCUCAAAGGUCAAAUGUGUGCUGUGUGGAACUUGGUUGGAGGCUCCAUCCAGACAGACUGAGAUGACGGAACUCCUUCAGUAAUGUGGAAACAGAGCAACCCAUUACUGCGGCAUGUUUCCUUUAAUUACCUUCAGUGACAGCAGCACGGACAGGCAAACAUGCAUGGGUGGUCAAACAAGACUUAACAGUGUUAGUUUACUUUCAACAGUGAAGCCUAUGAAGCUAGUACAUUACAAUAUAGUCUUAAAAAAACGGACAAAACAGAUUCCAAUCAUCAUCAAGUCUACAGCAUAAUGAUCCACACACAAGAUCCUAAGCUACACUCAAAUUAGGAUGCAGGAUGCCGGUCUCAACCACUAACAUUUUCAAGAUGGCACCCUUACAAUGCCUUAAGAUACAAUUCUCAAGUACAAAUCCAGUAUUCAAGCUUUCAGCUGUACAGAGCUGCACUUUAUCUGAUGUAACUGAAACACACUGUUUUCUUAGUGCAAUUCAAUACAAGAACCAGACAUGCUUAAAAUUACUUUCCAUUUUAAUGGAAGGUGUGCACACUGUUUCAAAAGAACUUACUUGCAAACAAACUAAGGUCUAUCAUCUAACAUUCUCCUGUUUACAGUCUGUAGGUCAGCAGCAGACAAUGCUUUCCAUUUUCAAAUCACGCGUUCGCAUCCAAAAGAGUAAAUCUGCACAGAAGCCGCAGUCUCACUUUGCAUUUGAAUAAAACACAGUUUCUAUAGUCAUAGUACCAUAGUGUUGGCUGUUUUUAGUGAAUAAAACCUCACUGUCGCUCAGUAAUGCAUGGCAGAGUUGGAACAUACAAUACAAAUGUUCAUAAGCUUCUGAAGCUACUGGCUGCUAUAUAGACAGUAAAAUCAACUAGAGAAGUGCAAAACUGUUAAAUCUAAAGUGGCAUCGACACACCAACAGUUCAGCUUUAUCACUUUCAACUUUAAGAUACAUAAAGCUGAGAGGUCAGUCCAUGAAAAAAUAAAGUCAUAGCUAAUGUAGCAAGAAAACCUCAUAGUAUAAUAUUAAAGAAGCUAGAAGCAUCCAGAGUCCUGCAUCCUUUUCUACAUGGGGAAGAGUUGAUUCAAUACGGCGUCCCAUCAGUUACCAUUAUAUUUACUGUAAUAUUCAAUGCUUGAAGGUAGGGUAGGUAAGAAUGGAGAAACCAGCUCGAGUGCGCUAGAAUUUGAAAGUACACAACCGGAAAAAAUAUGCCCCUUCCUUCAGACUUCCUUACAGAGCCCCUCCUCCAACACACACGAACGCGCACAUGACCAAUGAGGGCACGAGAUAACUUUGUGCACAGAUGGAAGGCUGACAGGCAGGUAGGACAUCCAGUUAUUUUAGCCGGGCCGGCUAAAAUGAUUGGUCGUGCUUUUUACAGUACUACGGCUUCCACAGAUGACAUUUUUUUAUGGAUUUAUUGUCAAAGCAUUUAAUAUAUUCAUUGCUAUCGGGAUGUUAAGAGCAUUCCAUGGAAUAUAACAAAAAGUGUAUCUGAAGUGAAUUACCUACCCCACCUUUAAUAUCAGUCACUUUACAUACCCUGCCCUGUGCUGCGGGUGCAUCACAAGCAUUUCACCCACAAAAGUGCUAUCCAGGUGGAAUUUGUUAUAUCUAUUGUUACACACAAUAAUAUCAGAAAGAUUGGAUUCGUUAACCCUUGACUAACUAUACUUUGUAAACUUUCUAAAACAGAUUUUGUAUCCUUUCCUUGCCAAUAUAGCUGAAGUACAUUUUUUUGUACUUCUAAACAAUGUUUAGAAUGGUAUCGAUAUAUUACGAUUGGUAGUGUUGAUUACAUCCUUAGUAAAUUUAGUAGAUUAGAUUUUGAUAUAUUUUCCACAGCGAGGAAGCUUCCCUUUGAACUGCUCAAACAGUGUAGUGUAUUUUAACCACACAUAAUCCAUCUAAUUUACAUGUUUGUGUCUAUGUUACUUAUGGAUAAGAUCAUUUACUUAGAUAUUUAUUUAUUUACAAGAAGAUUAUUUAUCUAUAGAUUAGCUGUGCCGCAGGUCCUUGAGGCGGACAGUUUGGAGUUUAGUUCAAGGAGUGUGGUUUCAAUGUGCAAUACAGAAAACUAUUAAAACACAUCUCAUCUCUUUAGUAGCUUUGACGAGAGGACAGUUCACAUUUUCUUCUACUCCGGCGUUUGUUGUAACGCUCCGCCAACGUACAUUUAUCCUUUCAGUUCUCUCAGAGGAGGAGUUUUGAGUCUAAGUAGCAUGUUUACAUGAAGAAACUGUGGAACAUUGUGAGUAUAAUUGUCAAUUGUGGGUCGUCAUGAGCUAAAGAAGAACUUUUUGUUGAUAUUAACGGUGUCUGUGGGGCAGGUCAGUGGUGUGUGAGGUCGCUUCAGUAGCUUAGAUCUACUCAUUAAACACACACACACACAAACACAGAUACACAUGCACACAGAUCUGCUGGACUCUUGUGUAAGAAUGAUCAGCACCAGCGGUACAGAAUGUAGACGGCGUGCCCUGUCCCUGCAGGUGUGGCUCAGCACCUAAACACAGAACUCUACAAUGUCCGGACAAUGUUCCGUGUUUCCAUGAACUUCUGAACUAACUGUCUGGCUUCGGCCUUUGCUGUUCUGUAGCUUGAUGUGAUGCCUCUCUUCCCCACCCCCUCCCCAGUGUGUGUCUGUGUUUGCUUCCCUUCCGUGUUCCUCUGCAGAUGCAUGUUGAAUCCCCGUGUUUGUGUGUUAGCAGCAUGGUCUACUGUGAUGGACGCCUAUUGGCACACUUGUAAUUUCCCACAGUUUGGAAUCGCAAACACCAGAGGCUCUCUGUGAAAUAAAAUGAGCAAGUGGCACACAUAUACUCUACUCCAUACAGAUAUACUGAAGAUAACACACACAGAGGCAUUUAUGGGCCAGUGUCCACUGCUUACUUGUUUUGUUACCUUUAAAAGCUGUGAGAGCGUGCUAAGCGGGCUAAGUCUGCAACGAGCAACAUCCCAGGUCUUCUUUUUGUUUGUUGGUGUACGAUAUUUCUGUGUCUGUGUUAGUGCCCCUCCUCUUCUUGUUCUCCCAUGUGUCCCAGCCCCCAAGGUCUUGCUCUUCAAUGUGUCUCUGUGAAGAUUUUUCCUGUGAUGAUGAAAAUGUCUCUCUCUGCCUGAACUUUAGUAGGAAAACAAUGACUGAGUUACUCCGAUAUCAUGUGAUAGACAUAAAAAUGUAUUCAAUACUGUAAUAAAUUAUUAACUGAAGCUGAUAUAUAAGUUUUCUUAUGAAAUGCAUAAAAACAAUAUUUGAAAAACGACAACUUGUUUUUGAGAUAAUGGCAUGAGGUCUAAUGUGUUACCGAAAGAUAAUGAAGGUCUUUAAUUAAGUCAAAUUGACCUUAUUUGAAUAUAGUUUAUUUAUUUUCAAGGCA